AUGAGUCAAUAUGGCUCUUCCGUUAAUAAUUGCGAUUCGGUGCUUAAAUACGGUCGCUACAUACACGAUACAGAUGAUCACCCGACCGGUUGGCAGCCUGACGGGUGUGCUCUUAAGCAGUAUUCUUACCAUGAUUUAAACCUGUGUUUAAAACCUGGUGACGAAAUUAUUUUUUACGGCGAUUCUACUGCCCGACAAGCUUUUUGGGGCUUUAUCAACACUUUAUUUCACAAAAAAAUGCAAACCCUUGGGGCCCAUCAUUUUGUUCCUUUUAUUAGUGAUGAAAUCAAAACUAGUUUUAUUUGGGACGAGUACUUUAACGGCACCGGACUAACAACAAUCAAAGAUAUUGCAUUAAAUGGACAUCAUUCAAAAGAAAAAACAGAAGCCCUUGGUUACAAUAAAGAUCCGAAUUACACUCCAAAAACAUAUCUAUAUGUGGCAGGCGGAGCCUGGUUUGCAUACACUGAAGAACCAUCUGAGGUUGCUAAUAUUUAUCGUCGCAACGUGGAAGAUUUGUUACAAGUCCUCGAUUUCCGAGUUGAAAACGCUUUUGAUGCCGUAUACUUUGGUACCCCUCUCAUUCCUUACUACUCAUUAUUAAAUGAAAUCCGGCGAGAUAAAUUAACUUUAGACCAGUUUAAUAUUAUGAUUCGAAUUUCCGAUGAGCUUUUCAAUUUUCAACGUACAAACCAAAGUGUGGCAUCUGCAAUUCACCCCACACUCCAGCAUGGGGGAGUCAGGUACAGAACUCGUGAAGGUUACACAGAUCAAAUCUCUGCUUAUUAUUUACCCGUUGUGAAUGAGCUUGGUGCUGAAAACCAUGUUGCAUUGUAUGACGAUAUUUUGGUACAUUAUACUGAGUCUACCUAUCUUCUUCAUGGAAGCAUUCUUAUUAAUCAUAUGUGCAAUCAGCGAUUAAUUGAAUCUACAAAAAAACCGUUGGCGGGAGGGUCUUGUUGUGCUCAGUAUAAGAGCGACAAAGCAUUCAAAUUGCUAGAGGUUCUUAAGGUUUCUAUUCCCGUCAUAUGUUUUGCAGUAGCUGCUCACCUUUUUAAAAAAUUUCGACACCUAACCAAGCCUCUGUGUAUCAGUGUUAGUAUAAUUGGCUUGGUAUCGUUAUGGGCACAUAUUUCCAAUGAAAAGAAUCUCAUCAGUAAAUCAUCAAUAUCAUUCAGCUCCUCAGAAUUGGUAGGGCUACUUCAAAUUUGGACACUGCUUUCACUUUUAUCAUUGUCUGAUUACUUAUCUGAACAAGAGUCAAAUGCUGGCCCACUUAAAACAUUUCAUCUUUCAGAGACAUUUUUGGCAGAAUGUCGGGGCAUUUGUGUGUCUUUAUUAUUGAUUAUUCAGUUCACUGGUGGACGUGAACUUGUUGAAACAUUUGAUUUCGAAAUACUGGCACGUGUAUUGAUUUCCAUAUGGUCUAUGGCUCAGGUUUACAGUAUGAGUUUUGCUUAUCUUGAUAAACUUGAAAACGCUAAAGAUUUAAAGAAGUCAUACAUAAGCAUAUUCUCGGUUUUCAUUAAAACACUGGCUCGUGUGUUAACUUUACCUUUGUUUCUAAGCAUAAAUAUUACUGAUACUUUUGGAACUAAUCUGAUUCCUGGUUCUAUUCCCCAAUCAUACGUUGAUCUUGCAGCUAAGCUGUUUUUUUGGUCCGUAUUUACUUACUUUGUUGUUCCACUUUGUGUUUGUCAUCAUCAAUGGCAAGGUCUAAUCUUUUUUGCGGCCUCUUUUACUGCUUGGUUUCUUUUGCCAGAGAUUUAUUGUGUUAGAAAUGACUUUUGGGCUAUUUCAUUGACAAUUUUUUUAGCAUUAACCUCCAAUUCUCACUUUUUGACACUUUUAAAAGCAAAGCUUUUGGAGAAUUCAAAAAUUUCGUUUAUUACUUUCCCCACAGUUGCUCUAAUUAUAUUUUUGAUCCUUGUGAACCUUGUUAAAAAUAUAUUUGCAUACUUUAUCUUUACAAAUCCUAAUGGCCUUAACAAUCCCAUGUCGUACAUUGAACUGCAUACAGAUGUUUAUGAUGAGUAUUUAAAUAAACGAGGACAAAACUACACUCCAGUGGUUCAUUCAAUAAUAGCUUUGGUGGCUUCAAUUUGCUACAUUAUUAUACGAUCAAGCAUCUUAAAGUUGGUGCAAACAGAUUUUGGAGGUAGUUCGAAACAAUAUUAUGCUAGUUGCUGGGUUUCAUUAGGCCGGUUCAGUUAUGAGGCAUUGGAGCUUUAUCCAUACAUUUUUUUGGCUGCAAGUGGAACUUUAAGACUUCAUUAUUUCCCCACAGGGGUUGUCAACUCAUCCUUCGUAACACGAACAUUGUAUUUUGUUGAUGAAAGUUUCAAGUUCCCAUUUUUUCAGUGGCGAGUUUGGGAAAAAGUGCGCAAAUGUGCUUCUAUAGCAAUCUCGGUCGGGGUUCUUUGUAUUUUGGCGGAAGCUAGUGCAAGUGUAUGGAAGAAUUUGGAUGCCCCAAUGAAUAAUAAUGAGGAAACGGAUGAGGUUGAACUUGAAUCUCAAAAGGAAUGA